AUGGGUUUUCAUCAUCUGAAAUUUGCUGCAAUAAUCACAAUUGGAUUUUUGUAUAGUACUCUUGUGGUUACAAGCCUUCCAAACACAUACGUCACAACCGUGCUGUGCAACUCGGGUCAGUACACAGCAGGAGAUCCAUUUGCAACAAGUCUUGCUUAUGUUUUCGAGGAAUUGCUGAUUGAAGCCCCAAAACACAAGAAUUAUGAGUUGUAUGACAUCUCUCCUUAUCCUAAUGGAUUUGCAUAUGGUCACGGUACUUGUAACAAACACCUAACUAGUUCAGACUGCCUUGCGUGUCUCGGCGCUGCCAAAACCGCCAUGCUUGGCUCGUGUCAAAAUCGUAUAGGGGCUCGAGUUGUGCUUCAUGAUUGUGCAAUUAGAAUUAGUACUUUGGAGAAUGCAUUGUAUAAGUGGUUGCUGGGAAAUAAAGAUUUCAUUCCCCUGAUUGGUAGUCUUACGGUUUCAGUGCAAGAAUGA